AUGGGUUGGUUUUGGGCUGAACCCCCUCCGGCUCCCGCGCCCAUCGCCGCCACCAGUCCUCCCGCCGCCAAGCGACGAGAUCAAGCUCCUUCGCCCGGAUGCCCCGUGCGCCAAAGGACCCUUGAUGCGCUCAGCCCCGGCGACAAGCCGCAGACCCACGACGCCGCUCCCUCUAGCUGCCCCGUAUCUCGCGAGACCAAGACCCGCGCCGCCGCGCGAGAACCCAAAUCUCUCGUGUCGCAGCUCAACCCGCUAAACUACAUGUUCCCCGACUUGUCGCAGCAGCGCGCGCCGGACCAGGCCGUUGCGCUCCCCACCAGCCGCGAGGAGUCGACCAUACCCAAGGGCUCCGGCGACGGCACCUGGGAGUACCCUUCCCCCCAGCAAAUGUACAACGCCCUGCUCCGCAAGGGCUUCACAGACACCGACGUCACUGCCGUGGAAUCCAUGGUGUCCAUCCACAACUUCCUCAACGAGGGUGCCUGGGCCGAGGUGGUCGGCUGGGAGCAGCGAUUCUCCCAGGGGCUGUACAAGGGCUGGCAGAUAUGCCGCCGCGGCGAGGCCCACGCGCACGAGGAGCUGGAGCGGCAGCGCAGCGGGGACGAGCCGAGACCCAGCCUGAUCCGAUUCCAGGGCCGCCCACGGGAUCUGACGCCGAAAGCUACCAUGCUGCAAGUUCUCGGUUGGAUCUACCCUUCCAGAUUCGGCACGGAGCUUCCUUUCGACCGGCACGACUGGUACGUCUCGCGGGAUGUGGACGGCCGACCGCAGCAGGUCCGGUACGUCAUUGAUUACUAUUCCGGCGAUCCUGAGCCAACCGGCGAACCCGUCUUCUAUCUCGACGUCCGCCCUGCUGCUACGCCUCGAGGGGCUGCUGAACGCCUGAUCCGCUGGGGCACGGAUGUCUGGUGGAAGGCGGUAGGCGGUGACAAGCACGAGCAAGAUCCUGAACCCUUCUUCCGCCACAACGCCUCCAAGCCCUGGGGUUGA